CUCCGGCUCGGCUCCGCUCGGCUCGGCUCGGUUGACAGUUGACAGUUGAUCGCGGUGACCGAGCGGCGGAGUCUUGUUCCUUUGGAGGGGUGAUGCUGCAGUCAGUGCGGUCAAUGGACUCGUCAGAGAACAAGGGAGGACCAUGAUGCGAACAUGAUCAGCGCCGAUGGCUUCUCCAAAUGCGAGGCGACUCUGCGGGAGGGAGGCAGGAGGCGGCCCCCUGCGGAGAUGCUCCAUCUGCUGACAGCUGUGAUCGUGUGGCUGGUGACGGGCACCACCAUCUCCAGCCUCAACAAAUGGAUCUUCGCCGUGUACAACUUCAGGUACCCGCUGCUGCUGUCCGCCCUGCACAUGCUCACGGCCAUAGUGGUGGACUAUGGGCUCAUUAAGCUGCGGGUGAUCCACCAGAAAGGUGCUGCAGAGAAGGAACUGACCACCAACGCCAAGUGCAAGGUGUUCCUGUUGAGUCUGACUUUUUGCGCUAGUAUCGCCUUCGGGAACAUGGGCCUGAACCAGGUCCAGCUGUCGUUUGCACAGAUGAUCUACACGACCACUCCGCUCUUCACUCUCGCCAUCUCCGCCCUGAUACUGGGCAAGCACCAUCACAUCCUCAAAUACACAGCCAUGAUGCCCAUCUGCCUGGGAGCCUCCUUCAGCAUCAUGGGGGAGGUCCAGUACGACCAGACCGGCUGCUUCUUUGUGUUUGCUGCGACCAUGUUGAGGGGUGUCAAGUCCAUUCAGCAGAGCAUCCUACUUCAGGAGGAGAAAAUCAACUCUGUGUUCCUGCUCUACCUGAUGUCCAUUCCUAGCUUCUGCAUCUUGACCGUGGCGGCUCUGGCCUUAGAGAACUGGACUCUGAUGGAAUCGCCGAUGCAUUACGACCGCCACCUGUGGGUCUUCAUCCUGCUCAGCUGCCUGGGCUCAGUCAUGUACAACCUGGCCAGCUCCUGCGUCAUCACGCUCACCUCUGCCGUCACCCUGCACAUCCUGGGCAACCUGAGCGUGGUGGGGAACCUGCUGCUGUCCCAGCUGCUCUUCGGCAGCGAACUGUCCGCCCUCAGCUGCGCGGGAGUGGUGUUGACGCUGUCCGGCAUGCUCAUCUAUCAGAACUCUGAGCUUAUCGUCAGCUGUUUUGACGCACACAAGGCCAAAUCGAAAGUGUCCGGACAGGUGGACGGUCACGGUGCAUGUGGAGAGGAAUCUUGCGCGUCUGAACCAACGUAUCAUCAGCAGAGAUCAGACGGCAAAGAAGAAGACAAGAUGGACUGAGGUGAAAGGAUGAAGGAGAGAGUAAUAUGCUGAAGGGGAAAAAAUAGCUAAAAACCCUGGCUGGAGGGAGUGUGACCUUAUAAGGCCAUUAACACUGAUGAUGUUACAGAUCAUUUAUUUCAACUUUAUUAUUUUUUACCUCCACACUGUUCCAAUUUAUCUCUCCUCUGGUCACACAGAACUCCAGGCCUCAGAGAAGAGAAGUUUGCCUUUUAUUUCUCGCGGUGAUGGUUAACUUCCCUCCUUCAUCUGUACCUAACCUGUGUCGGUAUAUGCAUGCAAGAGCACACUAAACUGUUCAGCACCUCACGGGGUAUCCACACCAUCACUCACACUACACUGUGAAAUAGUCUCAUUAACAGAGGGCUCUAAUCAAGGACUUUCAGUGGCUGACGUGGACAUUGUUAGCCUCAGAGUGGGCACUAUUUUUAGUAAGAAAGAAAAAAAUAUAUAUAUAUGGUACUUUUACCUGACAUUCACCUGGCCCUGUCAUGGUAGGGGACCCGGGGUUGUUUGGCAGCUUUUUUAAAAACAUUUGAUUUCAUGUUUUUGUUGGUAUGUGAUGCAGGAAGCUUGUCAAAUAAGGACACUGCAGCUGUUGCUGUUACGACUGUCAAAGCCAACAUACCUGUGCAAUGAGACGCCUCUUCUCCUCCACUGAAGCACAUUUUUAAGAAGAGGCCCGAGCUCUGUGUUUUGUCCUCCCCCUCUGAACCUCGCCUGUCGCUGCCCAAUUAAGGCCGAGAUCUUCUGCUCCUCCCAGCUUGAGAGGAAGGUCUCUCCCAGUAGAAUUAGUCCAAUUACUCCAGUCUUUUACCGCAGCUCGAUAAUUAGCUCCACGAGUUCUCUAAGGAGUGUCACUCCACUUUAGCUGUCACUCUUUCCCCUGAGGGUGACGAGAAAAGAGACGACCGAGCUGACCUUUCAGGUAGCCUCUUCCAUCCCCGCCACUCGUCUGUAGAGUGUAGAUUUUGCGAGCGACACAAAGUUGGUUUAACAGCACAUCUUGACAAAAGGCUGACUCCUGCUGGACAGUGUUAUGUUUUCUCUCUGUAUGUGCUUUCAUUUGAACCCCCUUUUAAAUAUUUCUGUGGGAGAAAAUAUUUAUUUUUGAGUGAAUAUAGCAAUCAUUGGCUUAAUAAUGCGUACAUUUUUGUUCUCAAGUGUCUUUUACAUGCAUUCGUGAAUUUAUCGAUUGCUCUAGCCUCUUCUAUACCUCUCUAGAAGAACAAGUCAGGUAUGAUAAGCAUGACGCCCCUCAUACUCCCUCCAACAUAUAUGGUAUGCCAAAUGUUUACUUUGAAACCUAUUUUUUUGUUAUGCUGGUUCUAUCAGUGUUGUAAUAACUGGUUCUUUCAGUGAGGGAACAUGGUCGUCACUCAUGUCGAGUUCAUUUCGACAACAACAACGAAGCCAUACUUCUAAAUGUGUUUUGUUUUGGACACUUUUCAUACCCUCUGUAUACUUUGCCAUAAGAAUAACUAUGUAGGAUUGUAUAGUGAAAGAUCUUUAGUUGAUAUAUAUAUAUAUAUAUAUAUCGCAGACUUAAAAUGUAUUUCAAUAGUGCCAUUCUUAAAAUUUCAUUUUCCUGAGCAUUGUUAGUAAUUGAGAAUUAAUAUUUGGACCUUUUCUUUAAUUAAUCCCCAGUCAGUUGAAAAUGUUAGAAAGAUAUGAAGUGCUUUUAUUUUGCUGUUUGAUGAUUGGUAUUGUGGGUUUAACAUUAUUGAAUACCUCAUCUGUUAAAUAUGACCUCAUGCCCCUGUGUUUGUUUAUUAUUAAUUAUUGGAUGAAGAGCAAGCAGGUUUUCAACCGCCACACUAAACCAGCCUGUGGAUGUUUGGUUAUAAUGUGUCAACAGAGUCACUUGAGCGCAGAUAUCAGCAUAUUUUAAAACAGAUUUUAAAUUCAUUUUCAGUUUUACCCUCUCAGUCUGGUGUCGGGCAAGUCUCAAGGACUUCAUGUUGAGGAAAUAAUGAGUGUGGGGCGAAGGGACAGUUGCACUGACAUGGUGAGAAGACGCCUGUGUCUUCAGAGCCUACGGUUCCUGUGUAUAUAUAUAUAUUGGUUUUUGAUUGUUUGCAAAGCUAGUUGGAUGUAAAUAGUUAUUUUAUGAUAUUUAUGUAUUUUAUAGUAAUAUAUGGUUGGUUUAAGCUACACUGGUUCAAGAAUGAAACGUUUGCCUCAUGCCUUAUUUGGACACACUGUAGAAGAGGAAAGAGUGAACCAAUCUCUUGUUUUUCUUUUUUGUUGAAUUGUUUGGGAAUACUUUGAACGCCAACAGCAGGUGAGAGUGUGCUUCUGAUUAGAGGCCAACAUAUGGACGAUUCACAUGAUCCCCAAUUGCUUGAAUACAAAUAAACUGACUGGUACAAUAAACAAUAACAAACACCUCAUAA